UGGUUGGUUGGUUGGUUUGUUUGUUGCUGUGCAGACGUCGACACAUGUUUGACACUCGUUGUGAACGCGUUGAACACAUUCUCGGUUGUCGUGUGACUUUUGCUAACUUUGGCUAACCUUGGCGCGGUUUUCUUGCUAGCUCGGAGCUAGUUGGUCACAGUUGAGCUCAGUGGUGAUCGCGAGGCUGAUAAAAGUCACAUUUGACGCUUAGGGCUGCUACAAUUUUUCAAGUCUGAAAAGGUGGUAACUCUCUUACAGAGAAACCCCGCACGUGAAGAUAACAAAAAUCAUCAAACAUGGUCGUCUUCUGUGUGGUAGAUUCUGUUCCACCACCGAUCUCGAAUGCAGUCCUCCAAGACUGAAACCAAACUGGUUUUAACAAAAACGAAGAAGAAGAAACAUUCCCGGAUAUGUUGCGCAGGUGUUUUCGAGCGUUCCUGAAAGGACCGGAGGCGGGACUGUUGUGGAAUGGCUAAGUCGUCAAAAACGGCUUGCUUUGGAAAAUACUAGUUGUUGUCUGGUGAACCCACUGUUAUAUAAAGUACGACAUUGGGUAUGUUAGUUCUUAUUUACUGUGGUUUCAGGGCGCUUCUUGAUUGGCUACAUUCCGUUCCACGUCACAAUUCGCGGCGUCUCGACACUAGUCGGCCAUCUCCACACACGUGAAGAUUUUUGGGUGGUAAAUUGUCGACCCCGACCCUUUUCGGACCCUAUUAUUGUGACAAAUCCAAUCUUGACCAACACACCUCAGACCUAAUGAUCAGCUUAUCUGAUGCUCUUAGUAGACCGAAGGCAGUCUGGCAUUUGUCGUCCUUAGCCGGGAAGGGGCAGAAUCUGGUCAAAAACAGCCCAAUUAUCUUGACGUGUGUACUGGGCCUUAGGCUGUGUUGGGAAGGGCUCGUUAUACGCAUAUUGUGAGUUUGCCCAUCAUUUCUAGUGCUGUUGGAAGGUGACAUGGUUAUAUGUUAUAGCCUUUUUAGUGCCUUUACUGUAUCCCGCAAAGUAUCUUGAGAAGUAGUGGACAACGGUGAUCAGCAAUACAGCCCCAUGAUUCAUCGCUCCAAUACAAGAUGAAGCUUCAUGAGGCAUCGUAACACUUUAGCCAAUUGGUUCGCGUAAUGGUUCAUUUCUCGAUGCUUCAUGUGCACACGAAACCACCUGCUGGCCAUGUGCAUAAUCACAGGCAGCUGGAUCUAAAAACUCAUUCACUGCCAUUGACGGUUGGAUUUCCUGCUGCCCCAUCAGAGGAGGAAGACUUGGAGUGGGAGCCCCCCACCGACGCAGAGAUGAAGGUGAUCCAGGCCCGCAGGGAGAGACAGGACCAGAUCAGCAAAGUCAUGGGGGGAUACCUCCUCAAAGGAUACAAGAUGCUUGCCGAGUGCUGCGACGUCUGCGGGAACAUUCUGAUGCAGGACCGCACACACAAGAACUAUUGCGUCUCGUGUCAGGAGCUGGACUCGGACGUUGACAAGGACAAUCCUGCCCUCAAUGCGCAGGCGGCGCUGUCCCAGGUGCGCGAGCGGCAUCUGGCGGCUCACUCUCCGGCGCCGAGCGAUCCGGCCUACGUCGACGGCGGCGCCGUCCCGCAGCCCAGACCGGAGCACUGCGAGGGGGCGGCGGCCGGGGGCAGAGCCGUCGCUCCCGCGGCCACGCCCUCGGCGCCGACGCCGGCGGCGGCCGCCGGCGGCCCGGGGGCCGGCGCCGCUUCGCCGGCCCCGGCCCCGGCCCCGGCGCCGGGCCGGGCGGCGGCGACGGCGGCGGCGAGCGCGGCCGCGCGACCGGUGGCCGCGCGUCCCGUGCUGCGGGACGCCGAGGAGGCGGUGCUGAGCAAAAUGCGCUGGGCCAGCAGCCAGCUGCAAAGUUGCGCCUCGCUGGAGUCCAGCAUCCAGCUGUGCCAGCUGAUCUCCAGCUGCGCCGCCUCCCUGCGGAGCCUGCGGGAGAUCAGCCAAUGAGGGCGCGCUGCCCUUUGAACUCUUAAGUGGGCUGUGACAAAGGUGUGAAGCGGCACGGGUGAGCGUUGUUGUUUUUGUAAGUUAUUUUCUCUUUUAAAAGAGGUCGGCCAUUAAAAUGAUUCAAGUGUU